AUGCCGCUUGCUCAGUCGAAAAACACCGUUGGCCUCGGAAGGGCCAUCCUCAACCGAAGGGCUAAGGAAGCCAAACAACGGAACCAGACCGAAUUCCACACCACCGACCUUAACAACUAUGGCUCCGUCUCCAACCUUCGCUCCGUCACGCACGAGGGCGAUCUCGAAGAGUUCCUCAACACCGCCUCGUUGGCCGAUUCCGAUUUCACCGCCGAGAGGAGGAACCACGGUGUCACCGUCAUCACGGGUAUCAACCGCGAGCGAACCCGCCACAACCCUUAUCUCCUCACGGGCCAGGAAGAGCAGGAGGUGCUCAAGAAGCAUGUUCAGAACAAGGAGCGCCUGCGUGUGCCCAGAAGACCCGAAUGGACCAGCGCCACCACGCGCGCCCAGCUCGAACGUGCCGAAAAGGACGGCUUCCUCGAAUGGAGGCGAGGUCUUGCAGAGCUGCAGGAGGGCGUCGGUCUGGUGCUCACGCCCUUCGAGAGGAACCUCGAGGUGUGGCGUCAGCUUUGGCGUGUCAUCGAGCGAAGUCAUCUCGUGGUGCAAAUCGUAGAUGCAAGGAACCCACUUCGCUUCCGAUGUGAGGAUCUCGAAAAGUACGUCUCGAGCUUGGGCAUCGGUUCCACCAAUGGCAUCGAGUAUCUCGAAGAGGAUUCGACGGGCAAGGGCCCAAGGAGGAACUUGCUCCUCAUCAACAAGGCGGAUCUGCUCGACGACCAGCAGAGGAGAUAUUGGGCCGAUUACUUUGAUGCCCAGGGCAUUCAAUACGCAUUUUUCAGUGCUGCCAAUGCAGCGGCCAUCCAGCUCGCCCGUGCAGAAGAGGAGGAGCGAUUGCGUCUCGAACAGCUCAAACUUGCCGAACCACGCGACGAGGACGAGGAGGACUACGACCAGGAAGAUGACGAAGAGGAGGAUGACGAGGAAGACGUGCAAGCCGCUUCAGCUGCUGCUGUCGACCAGGGCGCAAAGAACGCCAAGCCUCUCGUGGGCCAAGAAGCCACGGAUCGUGUGCUGGACCACUCCCACGCUGCUGUCCGUGACAACCUGGUCGCGGAGAAGACGUAUGGACAAGACGAUGCUGUCGACGCUGCCACCGCUACCGCCGCCACUACUCUUUCUGCCACUCGCGACCCUACUCGUGUGCUCAACGUCCUCGAACUCGAAGAGCUCUUCAUGGCAUGUGCACCACCCCUCAACGACUUUGCUAUCGACGGUCAGCCCGCGCCUUCGAAGCUCGUCGUCGGACUCGUCGGUUAUCCCAACGUGGGUAAAUCUUCCACCAUCAAUGCACUGCUCGGCGAGAAAAAGGUGUCGGUCUCUUCCACCCCGGGCAAGACCAAGCAUUUCCAGACCAUCCACCUGUCGCCCACCACCGUUCUGUGCGAUUGUCCUGGUCUCGUCUUCCCGCAGUUUGCGACCACGUCGGCAGAGCUGGUGUGCGACGGUGUGCUUCCCAUCGAUCAGAUGCGCGAGUACACUGCUCCCGCCGAGCUCGUUGCCAAGAGGAUCCCGAAGGACAUUGUCGAAGGCACGUACGGUAUUCGCAUCGAGACGCUGACGGAGGAGGAAGGAGGAAACGGUGUGCCUACCGGUCUCGAGAUGUUGACGGCGUACGCUGUGGCUCGAGGCUACACACGCCAAGGCCAGGGCAACCCGGACGAGUCGCGUGCCGUCCGAUAUGUGCUCAAGGACUACGUCAACGCCAAACUGCUCUACGGCCACCCGCCACCGGGAGUCGACGCUGAUACCUACAAUGCCGCUCAACGCGAGCGUGCACGUGCUGCCCUCGCCGGUCGCAAAUACGACCCGUCCACCGCGGCACACCUUGCCGAGCACGAUGAUCACACUACCACGGGAGGCGUGGAUGUCGACGAUCUGGACGCAGACCUUCAAGCUGAGCUCGCCGAGCUCACCAAGCGCAGAGGCACGGGGUUGGUCCGUCAGUCGGCCAAGUCGAAAGCGCUGGACUCGGCGUUCUUUGAGACUAUGGCCUCGUCGAAACCUACGAUUGUGGGCCGCACGGGUGUGCCGACCGCUGCGAUCCAGGGCAGGGUCGCCAAUGAUGGGACAUUGAUUCGCAAUGGUGGGCAGCAGCAGGGCCAGGGUCAAGAGAAGACUAAGAAGCAUAACAAGGCGAAUAAGCGUAAAAAGCAGCGUUCGGGCGCUGGAUUUGAUUAG